CCACUUUUGGGAAAAAAGGAGACAGAUGUAUUUGUGCAUGCCCCGGUUGUGUAGAGCUGUAAAAUAUAAUGCACAUUUUUUUUUUUCAGAUUCAGAUCAAAGCAGCAGUCCGAGAACGGGAAUCAGUUCUGACCAGGAGGACAGUAAACCCAUAAUCACGCUGGGUGAGCAAGAGCAUGUCCAUAGCAAAAGAGGAGGACAGAGGAAAGAUGCAGCAGAUUUCCAAGAGAAUUUUGUUACGUCAGGUGUGUUCAGUGUCACAGAACUUAUCCAAGUUUCCCGGACACCAGUGGUGACAGGCACAGGGCCAAAUUUCUCUUUGGGAGAGUUGCAGGGGCACUUAGCAUACGACCUGAAUCCCUCGAGUACAGGGAUGAGGCGGACGCUCCCCAGCACUUCCUCCAGUGGGAGUAAACGGCAUAAGUCAGGAUCCAUGGAGGAUGAUCUGGACACCAGCCCCGGGGGUGAAUACUAUGCAUCCCCUAGCUCCCCCACAAGUAGCAGCCGCAACUGGACGGAGGACAUGGAAGGGAGCAUCUCCCCAACUGUGAAAAAGACAGAAAUGGACAAGUCUCCCUUCAACAGCCCAUCUCCGCAGGACACUUCACCCCGGCUGUUCACUCAGCAUCACCGUCCUGUCAUUGCUGUACACAGUGGUAUCUCUCGAAGUCCCCACCCCUCUUCAGCGCUGCACUUUCCCACCACCUCGAUCCUGCCCCAGGCAGCCUCCACCUACUUCCCGCACACAGCCAUAAGGUACCCGCCUCAUCUGAAUCCGCAGGACCCUCUGAAAGACCUCGUCUCGUUGGCUUGUGACCCAUCCAAUCAACAGCCGGGACCGUUAAAUGGAGGUGGUCAAGUGAAGGUACCCGGGCAUUACCUUCCUACCCAGAUGUUGGCGCCGCCACCCCCAGGUAUGCCCCGCCUGGCAAUCUCACCUGACACCAAAUCUACCACGACAACUUCCGAGGGAGGGACCACCUCGCCGACGUCUCCCACCUACUCCACCCCAGGCACACCCCCUGCGAACCGCUUCGUGGGAUUAGGACCACGGGAUCCUGGCAGCAUCUAUCAGGCACAGUCCUGGUACCUAGGCUAGUUGCAGCUUCCAUCUGCAUCAUCAUCAUCUUCCUUUCCCCCCCGGGCUUUGGGCUUCCUUUGAGGAGAACAGUGCAGCCCUCCCACCCCUGGCCCAAACCUUGGGGGCAGCAUGGAGAGAGAGAGAGAGAGAGAGAGAGAGACACGCAUUAACGUCAACAUCAUGAAGAGACAUCACAGAAGGACAGAAGGAAGGGAAGGGGAAAAGCUCAAACUUCUUUUUAAAAGAUAAAAACAGAAAACCGACCCUGCUUUCCAGCCAUCCCGACUGCGAUUUUCCUGAAAUGAGCAAAUUCGAGCAGGCAGCUUUCCGAGGGGAGGCGUUUUGGCCAGAAGCACUACACGCCUUUCAGAGGGAUGGAUUUCCCCAUCUACCCUACCAACUCGUGGCUAGCUGGAAUCCUGUCUCUCCCAUACUCGAAAGGGAUGUAUAUGCAAAAGUUUCUGAUUAUUUUUCCAUCUCUUGUGAGUAGAAAAAAAAAUUAAUCUGGCCUGCUGCAGAACCCUCCCCUCUCUUUUUUCUACGCUCAACACCCUCCCCGCUUCUCCUCCUCUGGGAAUGGGGGCAGCGUGACCAAGAGACUGCACUACAAAUCAUCUAGACUGGUCAAGCAGCUGAAGUUGGGCCAACGUCAAGAUGCAAAGUGAGCUAAUUCCCGCUCAAGAGAGAGGGAAAGAUAAAUGCUGGGCACCUUUUCAGUGUAUCUAUCUGUCCUCCUCCCCACACAAAAAUCUAUGCUUUGCUUUCUGAUGGGGGCUUGCUGGUCCCCAGCACCUACUGACAUGGUGUUAGCAGGACUUCUUUGGUGGAGAAGAAGGGGGCACGUGGCUUGUUUUCUGCACUCCUCUCCCAGAAUGCUUUGUGCUUUAGUCUCAAAAGACAUCCUUUUUUUGAAUGGAUUUGAGUGCCAAUGGUGUGGGGUGGGGAAAGGGAAGGAGACGGGUUGGUUUGACAGAGUCUGAUAUUGUGGGAGAAGGGAACAGAUUCAAGCCACCUAAAUUUAAUUUUGUUGACUUAGUGCAAUCCUGAACCAGAUGGUUUGGAAUGGUGGUGGGUUUUGUUUUUGUUUGGGAGUGGGGAGACAUUGAAACUUGGCUGUGAAUGUUGAAACCAUGCAUGUGUUGUUGGAUUGGGAUAGAAUGAAAGCUGGGGGAAAUGUGGCAUUUCUUCAAGGGGGGAGUCAGGAAAGAAUUUGCCAUUACACUGUGUUUAAACAGCACCCCAGCUCCCCUUGCUGCAACUCUGCCAUGACCAUAGGUCUGUCUUUAACCCUUGCCUUAAAGUUGGACCAAGGCUGAGAGGUGGGCUCUUUCUGCUCAGCCUGUAUGGACUUUUGUCAGCCUGUUCUCUUACGGGGAGGGAAUUGCUCUUGUGGGUGGGGUGGGGACAUGGCAUCCACAGCCUGCAGGUUCUCUUAAAGAUGGCUUCCGACCAGCUUUAACAUCCUUUCUUCAAAAGGUGGGCAGCCAGUCAGAUGAACACCAGCAGGGGCCUGUGCAACUUGUUGAAUCUCUGAUUCAGGGGACAGGAAGAAGUUGAGUGGGGACAGUGGGUCGGCAGGGCUUCGCUUUCUCUCCCCCUCCCCCCCUUGAGCUUCCAACCUUGUGUACAAAGAGCUAUGCAUGCCCUUGCAGACCAGCUUCAAGAUGAUUUUGAUGACUGCUAAUAUGGAUUGCACAUUUUUUUUGUAGGAAAUGCACUUUGAAGAGGAGGGGGAGGAAAAAGUAACUUGAGGGUGGAGGGAUAAGGAAGGUAAUCUCCUAUAGGGUAUGUGUAAUUUGUGUGGAGAGGAUCAUCAUGACUAUCCAGCCCACUGGGACGGGAUGGUGUCAAGUGGGGCCUUACACAGAAACCUUUCAGGACAAGAGAAAAAAAAUAGAUUCAGUAGGAGCAGGGGAUGGUGAUACCCUCUUCUAUCAUUGCCCCUUCAUGUAGAGCUCUAUCCUCUUCUUGCCCCUACCCCACCCCACAUGCAAGCCCCAAGGUGGAGCCUAGAAGCCAUCUAGGACUGGUUCAAGUGCCUACAUUUUAAUGCUCCAGUCCUUUUGCUGGGUUAUGGAGAGCGGCAUUCGUGAUGGAGACCCCCAUGGGGCAGGGGCAGGCUGAGCAAUGGCACUCCACCCACUUCACUUCAAUACUACUCCCCAUCCCUCUUUCCUAGCAGACACCAAAGCUUUAGAGGCCACGGAUUAAACUCCCUUUAACCCAGCCAAGAUUGGGGUGCCAGAGUUUGGCUCUAAGUCCUCCGUGACGGCCAGGUGGACAGCUGAUGAACUGGGCAGUCCAUGCUGGCUUCUGGACAACCUUCCUCUGAGGGCUGGUGCCGUCAUCCAUGAUUCUAAAAGCAUUCAGAAUGUUUCCUUCUCCUUGUGCCAAACUGUCAAGAUUUCAGAGGAAUCUCAUUGAGGCAGAGGAAUCUAUCCCAGAUUACAUCCUGGAGUGGAUUUGAAUCAGAAAGCAGACAUCUGUCAAGACUGAAUGAGACCAAUGAGUUGCAAGGAAUAGUUCAUUGGAAAGCCCAAGAAAACAUCAGUAUCUUCAAAUGAAAAGCUUCAGCCACAGACAGUUGGAUUUGCAGAACUAACUUGCCAUACAUUGGCCUAACACAAUGGCCAACUUUUACUCCUUAGAAAACUGUGGGAACUUAAGAGUAUAUCCCUAAUGGAGUGGCUAUCCAGCAGACUAAAAUUGGCUUAAUGGUAGUUCUCUUUCCCAGGGAACUCAUGGGAAUUGUAGUCCUAUGAAGGAGCUAGGGAACUUUUAAUGGAAUUCUCCUCACCCUCAUACUACACAUCCUAGGAUUCUUUGAGAAAGUACUGUAUUCACAUCUCUUCUUAGGGUAAUAUGUAGUUACCUUUGUACUGUAUUCUAUGAGAUAUGAAGAAGACAUUUCAAUCCUCUCCAGGAUGGAAAGAUGACAAAAUUUGGGCAACCAACACUAAUCUUCAGUUCUUUGCACCUUGAUACCUUUCUCUGGACUUCCAAGAGGAAUGCAUAUCCUAUUCCAUGUAUGUGAACAACUUCCAAUAUACAAGCAUAAGUUUCUUUCCUAACUUUCAGAGUGAACCUGUCGCUGUGUACAGAGGAGAUCCACUUCUAAGAUUGGGUGAUUUUAAUUUCUUUUAUUCUUCUGGGGUGGGGGGAGUAAAUUUUUUCUUGUGUGUCCAAACAGGCUGAAGGUGUUCCAGAUCUUUCCAACGAUGUCCAAAGGAACACAUGAAAGCAGGAUAUUUUUUUUAACAAAGAAGAAACAAGUAACACCCCUUUGCUCCUUCACUGCGGUGUUUGCCCAGGAUGUUGGCCGAGGCCAACCUAUGGCUCUACAGUCCUCUCUCAGGUGGAUCUUCCAUUCCAGAAUCUUCCAUCUUCAGUACAACUUUGUAGUUGAAAAGCUCCGACCUCUGUGCUCUCCUGUCCCCCUUGUGCGUCUUAACAUGUCAUGCAAUUUGGCCUCCGGCGCCACAGCCUACCUGGUACCCAUCUGGGGCUUGCGUUUGCAUAUGCAAAAUUUCCUUCCGACCUGCUCCCUUGGACUAAUGGCAGUGAAAGACUUUCCUAGAUACCCCCACCUUGAAUUUGGCAUCAUGGGGAGGGGGAGUUUCCAGCGGCACUUGUUUACACCUCUGCACCUUUACAAUAAGAAAUGUUGAUGCCGUGUUCAACCCAUGGGUGGGAACUGGGCAGAAGAAAUUAAUAUCUGUCAGAGCCCCUCCACCCCAGAAAACCGACCUCAGAUGUCUCCAAGCUAGGACUGUAUCAUGGAGACAAUGAGGGACUUCGUAUGUGAGGUUGAUCAGAUUUUUUUUUAAAGUGAAACUAAAAGGAAAAAAAUCUGCAGUUGAUGAAGAGGCAAUGUUUUAAGGAAAAAAAAAGAUUUAACCCUUACAAUAUAGAAUGCAUGGUGCUUUUAAACAGGAAUUCAUGUGACCUAGCUCAACCAAUCAGCUGGCUGAGAAUGUGCAUGGCAAUUAUACAUAAAGGCUCUUUUCCCCCAUCCCUACCCCACCCCCUCCCUUCCCCUUCUUUUUCCUUUUAGUCCACAUCUAUGAUGAGGGACACAAAAAAAAAAAGAAGAAAAGAAAAGAAAAAUCUUCAUUUUUCCUAAUUUGCACGAGAAAAAAGAAAAUACGUUUUAUACCACAUAAUGUGCCUUGCCUUCUAAAAAACGUAUUAACUCUAAUGAGAUCAAUGCACAGGUGUUGCUGCAUGCUAUUUGAUGCGUGUAUGGGGGAAAAAUGGGGAAAAAGAAAGAAAAAAGGGUUGGGGUGGCAUAGGGGUGGGGGAUAUAUUGCCAUUUUUUAAAAAAAAACAUGGAUGGGAGCAUGGGAGGGAUAGGGGAACUGAAGUGGGAUUUUUCAGUUAAUUUUAAUUACAAAUUCAGAUCUUUAUUAAAAAUGUCUGCGUGAACCAUCCCCAGUUCAGGCUUCUCCAGGUGUGUUGUGAAUGCAGUUCCCUAAAUGCUCAGAGCCUUCAUUCGUUGAGAACUUGGGGAAUUGCAGUCCCAACUCAUCUGAAGGGCCCCAGGUUGGACGAAGCUGAUCUACACUAGGAUGGGCCAGAAAAGGUUGAAACAGCAUUUGGACAGCUGAGGAGCUCAGUGAGAUCAGUUUUACGGCUCCAUCUCUCUCUUCCAGAGCUUCUCUUCAGAAGUUCUGGGCUGAGAGUCUUAUUGCUGAAAGUUAUAUGUAAAAGACAUGGGGUAUAUUUAUUUUAUUUUCACCCUGCAGAAAACAGAUUGGUAGGUUGGUUGGUUUUGUCAGAAGCAAAGGCUUUCUCAAACUGUUUGUUUGCUUACACUCUUUUCCCUGAGUUGCAAAUCCAUGUUAAGGUUGCACUGCUCACUGGAUCAUCCUGAGAAGGGAACUGUAUUUCUAGGCCUCCAGCCACUGGCCAUAAUAACCCAUGUGAUGAACUCAACUUGAAACAACCUAUUUGUUUUUAAAGGCAAUUGUAUAUUUUGGAUAUGAGUAUAUCCAGUUGGUCCUAGUAUUCCUGUUCUCCCAGAAAUUUUGGGAAAGGAAUGUGGAGAACUUCAAGGGCAACUCCUUCAAAACAGGAAUCCAAGAACUGCCUUGCUAUAUGAGACUUGUCUUAUCCAGACUUCUCUUUAUGAAGUAGCAAACCGGAUGUCUGGAGGACUCCCACAAACAAGGCCUCCUAUUUUGUGGUCCUCCCCUGCUCUCUGUACCUGGAGGCAGAAUCCCACCUGAGCCUGGAAGACCUUAUAAACAUCCCAAUAAUUUAUUUUCAGCUUAGACAAGAGAAGCAACUGAUUUUAAGCCAGGGCACAGAACCAUUUCUCAGCUUAAAAGCCCCACUUGGUCUUUGAAUGAUAGAUAUGCUAGAGGCUGAAUUCCUAAAAAAGUGAAUGGCUCCAGAAUAAAACUAAAUUAGAUUAAAUUCAGACGUCAUUAAAUGCAAUAUUAUAUGAAUAUUCCCUGUGGGUUUUAACAAAUUUCCUUCCUGUGUGUUUUAAUUUUUUUUUUCCUGUCGUAUAAAAAUUACAACUUGACCACAAAUUUUGGGACAGGUUUUAGAGCAUGGCAGUGCUGAAUGCAGCAAUGGGGCUAUGUGUAUCCAUUCCUGUUUUAAGCCUACUGCAGAACAGAUAUUCUCCAAGGAAUCAAGAUUAGAAUUUUGACUCUGCAUCAGUCCAGUCUUUUCCACUUUGAGGCAGGAGGCAAAUGUGGUUUCUUCCUCAUAAUAAGCCAUCAUUUCCUUUCUUUCUCAGCAAGGCAGUGAGGUGAUAAUCUGAACUAGGAAACCUGGCAUUAUGGGUCUUGUCACAUGUCUUCCAGUUAUAAAUAUAAUCAGAAAUGAAGUUUCAAAUAUGCAGUGCCCUUCUGUGUGCAGUGGCUAAACGCGUGUUUAGCCCCCAUUGUAGUAACACGAUUAUCUCAGCAGUUUAAUGUCCAUGAGAGAUGUAUGUCUUGGUUUGGGUAGAUUUUAACUCUGGGGAGAGGAGGCUUGGCUGAGGAUUUCUAAUACCGUACAUUUUCUUUUGCUUUGUAACUUCCCCAAGUUUCCAGUGGUAGCAUAUGGAGGUUAUUGUUGUUGAGCUUCAAUCUUGGCUUAUUGAAGUUAGUGGAAAAGAGUUGAACUCAACCCUUCACUUUUCUCUUUUGGGCUGAUUUGUGAUAUUUGGAAUAGACUGGAAGAGUGGUGAAAUAGGUACAUGUACAUUGGUGGCUCAGGCAGGUGUACAAAUAUGGGUAGCUUAUAUGUAUGACUUGGAUAUUCCAGACGUGGGGAAGGCGUGGGUUAAAGGCUGGUGCUUCAAAUUUACAAGGGAAUCUGUUCAAAUUGUUUCACCAAAGGACAUUCAAGAUUCCUACUGACUGAAAAAGUAGAAAGACUUCUAUAUUUGGAAGAAGGCCCAAUCAGCCCAACCCAAUCAGCUCCCAUUAGAAGACGGUAAUUUAGCAUCAUCUGCGAGUGUGACCUCUCACACUCACAACUAAGAGUGUGGGAGUGAAGCUACCUCUUCCACUGCUCCACCAGCAUACUUCGUCCAAUCGUUCAGUGUACUGGCCAAACAGAAUUCAAUACCCUUUGAGUGGAUUCCCUAAAAGGGGUGUAUGGAGAAUGAGAGAGACUGGCAGAGUCCUUUAAAGAUAGGCCACUUUGCUUUUACAGUAAAAAUAGGAUUAAUUGCAUCUGUAAUUAAAAUUUAUUUUACUGGUUAGCGCAGGGUUUCUCAGCGUUGGCAACUUUAAGACGUGUGGACU